CUGGGGCAUGGGAGCUGCGGCACUGUCUAUCGUGCAGAACACACGGUGUCUGGCCUCGCCAUGGCCGUCAAGGUGAUUGCCAUGGGUAUCUCCCAAGAUGAGCAGGCGCAGAUUCGCUCCGAGCUGCAGAUUUUGCAUCGGUGCCAAUCACCUGUCAUUAUUGAUUAUUAUGGCGUUUUCUUUGCCGAGGACAAGAUUCACAUUUGUACCGAGUUUAUGGACGGUGGGUCUCUUGAUCGAUAUGGCCAACUUCCCGAGCCCGUCCUGGGUGUGAUUGUCUUCCAAGUUUUGCAAGGUCUUGAGUACCUCGCCUCCAUCAAGAUUAUGCAUCGAGACCUCAAGCCUCAGAACAUCUUGCUCAACACACAAGGCCAGGUCAAGAUUUGCGACUUUGGUGUGAGUCGACAGCUGGAGCGGUCAGUGACGGCGACCUUUGUGGGCACCAACGCCUAUAUGGCGCCAGAGCGCGUGCUGAACCAGCCUUACGACGCACGCUCGGAUGUUUGGAGCCUGGGCAUCUCCACCUUUGAACUGGCUUGUGGACGGAGCGCGUGGAAGGCGAAUGCCAUCAACUUUCCCUUGCAAGUGAUUCAGUGUAUCGUCCACGAGCCGCCUCCUCGACUUGACCCUGCUCAGCACAGCGCUGAAGUCUGUGAUUUUGUUGAGCGGUAUGUGUUGCUCUUCAUAACAUUUCGGGCUUGUUUGCAGUUGACGGGGUGCUGA